AAAUGGUGAAAAUAACAAUCGAGCAAUCAAAUAUUCUUGAAACAAAGAUAAAUGAAUAUUUAAAAGAAAAAACAGGCUUUUCAUAUCUUCGUAUGGCAUAUGAGAAGACUAUGUGGCCAGCAAUCUUUAUAGCAAAGAAACAUUAUUUUGGGGUUGUACAUGAGUUAGAACCAAAUUUCACAUCACCUUCUUUAUACUUGAGAGGUGUGAAACUUGUAAAAAGAAACAUAUCAGAAUUUUACAAGAUAGUUGCUGAGGAAAUGAUUUGGUCAGCUCUUGGUUUUAACCAUGAGGACAAAUCCAUAAAGCAGGAAGAUAUAGAUCGUAAACAAUCAACAUUUCAAAUAAUCAACAAAUAUAUCUGUCAGAAAAAUAUAUCAUUAGAUUUGUUUGUAUUAACAGCAAAAUACGAUUCUUUAUACUCUCCAAUAUCGUUAAUUGAAUUUGGAAAGUUAUUCAAUCCUCAUUUACAUGACAAAGAAGAAUUAAAACGAAUACGAGAAAAACAAAAAAACUCUGAGACCCGAAAAGGAAAUCGAAUGGUGAUUGCAUUUGCUUCUAUGAUGCAACGUAAUAAAAAACCUUUAGAACCUGGUAGAUUCUAUUAUUAUAUUGUGUCUAAAGAAGGCCAAAAUAAUAAGAAUGUUGAUACCUGGCAAAAGAUGAUGUUAACUGAUGAAUUCAUUCCUGGAAAACAUAAGAUAGAUUUUAAUCAUUAUUUUUAUAGCUUACAAGAUAUAGUUUCAGGUUUAACAGGAUAUGAUGAAAAGCAAACUAUACAAUUAAUCCAAGAGUUAU